AUGGGUGGUGGCGAAAGCGGCGGCAACACAGCCGGCCAAGAUGCCGGAUGCCCAUUUCGGCAGUGCAGCACUGGCGAGGGGUUCUGGGAUGUGAUGAUGGCAUGGGGGCGUUGCGGCAGUGCUCUCAUUGGACAAUUUAUGCUGGACGCAGCGGCGGUCGGUUGGCGUCGAUUUGGAGGGUGUCCGUGCAGCGGCGCGGGGGUGUGGCCGAGUGGAUUCCUGUCGAUGGGGCGGCUGGGCCCGGCGGGUAUUGCCUGGCUCGCGGGUGUGCGCGCCGAACCAAGGACGGUGUGCCACACCCGACCAGGCCGUAAUUUUGACAUUUUGGCAUUUUGGAAAUGA